UAACCGUCGUUGCUGUCAAAGCUGUAAACGGUGCCCAAACAAUACCAGCGAAAAAAUCUAGCCGGAAGACGCUUUUACGAGAAUUUAGCUAUUUUGCCGCAGAAAGUUAAAUAAAAUGCUUCCCAACUGAAGGUUUCGCAAACCAGAGUGCAGUGUGUAUCAAUACCGGAACCAUGUACAUCAAAUCGAUCAUCAUCGAUGGCUUCAAAUCGUACGGCAAGCGAACCGAGGUUUCCGGUUUCGAUCCGGAGUUCAACGCCAUCACCGGGCUGAACGGAACCGGCAAGUCCAACAUUCUGGACUCGAUCUGCUUCGUGCUGGGUAUUUCCAAUUUGGUUCACGUUCGCGCCACUUCCCUUCAAGAGUUGGUGUACAAAAGUGGCCAGGCCGGUGUCACUAAAGCCACGGUGACGCUUGUGUUCGACAACACCGACAAGGACCAAUGCCCGUUGGGCUACGAAAAAUGUAACGAAAUUUCAAUAACGCGCCAAAUUGUGGUUGGAGGCAAAAACAAGUACCUUAUCAACGGGAAAACGGUCCAAAACAAGAAGGUCCAGGAUCUGUUCUGUUCCGUUCAGCUGAACGUGAACAAUCCGAACUUCCUGAUUAUGCAAGGUCGAAUCACCAAGGUGCUGAACAUGAAGCCGCAGGAAAUUCUGUCGAUGAUUGAGGAAGCGGCCGGAACCAGUGUGUACGAAAACAAGCGGGAACAUUCGAUCAAGCUGAUCGAGAAGAAGGACCAGAAGCUUAACGAGCUCUAUACGGUCCUGCGGGAAGAAAUCGAACCCAAACUGGAAAAGCUACGUAAAGAACGGGCCCACUACAUCGAGUAUCAGAAGGUGUGCCGAGACAUUGAAUACCUGACCCGGCUGUACAUUUCCCACAAGUAUCUGCAGUUUGUCAAAAACGUGGAAAACUCGGAAAAAGCGAUCGCCACCCUGAACGAGGUGAUCGAUGGCAACAGGAAGAAAAUCACCAAUAACAUUGAAGAGAGCAAAGCAAUCGAUCAGAGUGCCAAGGAGCUGCAAGAAUUGAUCGAUGGCGAGGGUGGAGGAGUUCUGUCCGAGCUGGAGAAGGAGCUGAGUGCAGCCAGUAAAAAGGAAGCCACCGUUUCGGCGGAAAGGAAUAGCACCAAGGACAACAUCGGAGUCGAGCAGCGGAAGUUGAAGAACUUGCAGAAGAGUAUUAAAGAUGACGAGAAUGCUUUGAGCAAGAAGGAAGCGGAGAUGCAGAAAACGGGUGACAUGUUUCAAAGUUUGAAAGAUGCUGACGAGGCGGAUGCGAAGGGAUUUGCCGAUGCACAGAAGCACUUUGAGGCUGUUAGUGCUGGUUUGUCGACGAAUGAGGACGGAGAGGCGGCUACGCUUCAGGAUCAGUUGAUGGCGGCUAAGCAGAAAGCUGCCGAAUCUGCUACGGCGAUCAAGCAGAGUGAGAUGGAGCUGAAGCACUCUCAACAGCUGUUGAAGGAAAAGCAAGGGGACAUGAAUUCGAGCGAUGCGGCCUAUCUGGAUGACAAGAAGAAGUUGACCAAGGUUGAGAACCAAAUACAAUCCAUCACAAACGAGUUGCAGAAGAUCGAUUACGAAGAGGGUAGCAUAGAGCAGCUACAGGAACGUAAACAAGUUCUUCAGCAGGAAAUUCGACAGUUGAAAGGUGACUUGGAUAGGAGGAAUGCCUACCGGUGGGAAUUCCAAUACCGUGAUCCUGAACCGAAUUUCAAUCGUGGCUCCGUGUACGGUAUGGUGGCGAAAUUGGUUUCGGUGCGAGAUAGAAAGUAUGCGCUCAGUUUGGGAACGGCUGCCGGUGGAAGUUUGUAUAGUGUGGUCGUAGAUUCCGACACCACCGGUAAGAAACUUCUUCAAAAGGGUCAGCUGCAAACUCGAACCACCAUGAUCCCGUUGAACAAAAUCACUAGCCGGGCGAUCGAUGGGAAUACGGCACGAGUAGCCGAGAAUUUGGUCGGCAAGGGUCGAGCUGUUACGGCUCUGUCCUGUGUGGACUACGAACGGGAACUUGAGCCGGCUAUGAAGUUCGUGUUUGGCCACUCAUUCCUGGCUGACGAUAUGAAUGUGGCAAAAACGGUUACUUAUCACAAGCAGAUCAUGUGCCGAUCGGUGACGCUGGAUGGUGACGUCGUGGAUCCCAGUGGUACUUUGUCCGGUGGUGCCGCUCCCAAAGGCGGAGCUGUUCUGCUGGAGGUCGAAGAAAUCAAUCGACUUCAGCGGACGCUUCUUCAGAAAGAGGCUGAAUAUCAGGAAGUCUGUGCGCAGAUUAGCAAAUUGGAGCGCGUUGCCCAUCGCUACAACCAGCUGAAGGAACAGUUGGACAUGGUGAAGUACGAGCUGCAAACAUUGCAGCAACGUUUGGCUCAAACCACGUUCCAACAGGCGCAGCAAGAGAUCGAGGAGCUGAAGCAGAAGAUCGAAACGUUGAAACAAGCCAUGGUGGACGCGCGCCAGGCGCAAACCCAAGCGAACGCCAAGGUCAAGGAUCUGACGGCUAAAAUCGCCGACAGCAAGGGACAUCGGGAGCGGGAGUUGAAGGCCGCCGAGGAAAAUAUGAAAAAAAUGAAGAAAAAGAGCGAAGAGAGUCGCAAAAACUGGAAGAAGCACGAGCAGAGUUUCGAAACGCUGAAGCUAGAAAUUGAAGAGCUUCGCAAGGGUAUCGCCAGCUCCAAGGAACAGGCCACCAAGUUGGAGGAAGCGAUAGCCGAACUGCAGCAGAAGCUGGAAGCGGCUAGCGAGAAUUGCGGUCAAAUGGCAUCGGAAGUGGCCGCCGUGAAGCAGCGAAUCAAGGAACACAAGGACAAAAUUAACAGCCAAAACAAGGAACUGAAGUCGAAGAUUCACCAGAAAGAUAAACUGUUAAAGCAGAAUGACGAUCUCGAACUGGAAAUCAAGAAGAAGGAAAACGAAAUUCAGAAAGUGAGGAAUGAAAAUAAAGAUGGUUACAACAAGAUUGCUGGUUUGGAGGAAAAAUACCCCUGGAUCACGGAAGAUAAGGAAUUUUUCGGAGUUAAGAACACCAGGUACGAUUACAAUAAGGAAGAUCCCCAGGAAGCCGGACGAAAACUGAACAAGUUGCAAGAAUCGAAAGAAAAGAUGGGGCGAAAUAUCAACCAGAAGGCGAUGGUACUUUUGGAACGUGAGGAAGAACAAUACAAGGAGGUGAUGCGCCGGAAACAAGUUGUCGAAGAUGACAAAAAGAAAAUUCAAAGAAUCAUCACCGAUCUCGACGAAGAAAAGAAGAAACAGCUGAAGGUAGCCUGGACCGAGGUGAAUGAAAACUUUGGCAGUAUUUUCAGCACUCUGCUCCCGGGAACACAAGCUCAGCUGGUCCCCCCAGAUGGUGUAAAUUUUAUGAAAGGUCUCGAAGUAAAAGUUGGUUUUAACGGUAUGUGGAAAGAAACACUGACCGAAUUGAGUGGAGGACAAAGGUCUCUGGUAGCACUCUCCCUAAUUCUCGCAAUGUUAAAGUAUAAACCCGCUCCCCUGUACAUCCUUGACGAAGUCGACGCAGCCCUGGAUCUCUCGCACACCCAAAACAUUGGCAACAUGCUGAAGGCACAUUUCACCAACUCGCAGUUCGUGAUCGUGUCCCUCAAGGACGGCAUGUUCAACAAUGCGAACGUGCUAUUCCGGACCAAGUUCAUCGACGGCAUGUCCGGCGUUACGAGGACGGUCAAUACGGCCGCCCUGAGGAAGCGGUGAUGUACGACGAGGAAUCGGGUUUGUUGGCGGCACGAAAGAACUGCCACAGUAUACCACAGUAUCAUAUUAUUGAUUAGAAUGAAUGACCAUGCCAGACUCACGGUACAAAGUGUUUGUGUUUAGGCAGAUAAGUUGUGAAGUCUUUUAAUAAAAUCUAACUAAUCUGACUACAAGGAC